GUCUUUAUCAAGACCUUGAGACAGAGGUCACAAAUUACGUCUCUUAGGAAAACAAAAGAAAUCACAUAGAUUAUGAUGAUUAUGAUGGUUAUAGACAUGAGGUGAAGAUAGCAAAAAACAGUCCUUUGCAUAAAUGGUUUAAAGAUUCCUUAGAUGAAGAAAAGAUGGAGAUCUUGGUCAACAGUUAUCACCACCAAGGAGUUAAGAGAUUGGCGAAAAGGUUCGUGCCAAUGGCUUUUUCUCCUGAUGGACUGAUUGAAGGGUUUUAUGAUCCUGAUAUGUACAAUCCUGAAGAGGGAAAGUUCCUAGUGGGUUUACAAUUCCAUCCAGAGAGGAUGAGAAAGAACGGUCUCGAAGAAUUUGAUUUUCCUGGUUGUCCUGUUGCUUAUCAGGAAUUUUCAAAAGCAGUUAUUGCAUGCCAAAAGAAGCUGAAUAGCUCAUUGUCCGUUCCUAAAAAAUUGGAACUCAAUCCAGAAAUGGAGAACAAAAGAAAGAUACUUGUCAGGAGCUUCUCGCUUGCGAGGUCUAUGUACACUAGAUCUUACUCGUUGAAUAACCAAUCCAUAGAAUCAGAACUUGAAGUUGGAGCUGAGUUUCUUGAGUCAAAUACGGCUCUAAGUGUGAAGCAAGAGAUGAGGCUAAAGGAGAUGGGAGCGACGAUGAGGAACGGUGGAUCAUUUACUGAAAAGCUUAGGCUUGAUGAGGAAAAGCAGAGGAAAUCUAUGAACAUAAUGAAGAAGAUGAACGUUGAGAGACUCUCUGAGCUUAUCACUUUCUAUCAAUUGAUGGGGAAGAUCUCUAGUGAGGUGUUGGAGAGAAAGCUUCAUGCCUCAGCCAAUGAACUCAACAUCACGUCUCAAUGACAUCAGCUAAAAACUAUAAUGAUGUAUUGAUUAAAUGCUUAAAUUUGGCUUUUCAAUUUCUUUUUGUGUUUUUACUCUGUGCUUUGGAAACGUAUUACAUAACUUAUAUCAAUAUGCAAUGACUUGCAAUGAAAGAUUAGUUAUAUGGA